AAGGAAGAAGAUGAAAAAUAUUAUCUGUGAAAAUUUUGCGUUUGCCUGUGAAAAAAUCAAUUGCUAGUUGACUUCUUUGAAAAUUUUUGCGUAGUUUGUUUGAUAAAUUAAUAAAUAUUGUUAUAACAAACUCUUUUAAUAAAGACAUUUUUCCUUAAAAGUGCUGGGCACUGGAAAAUAUAUAUUACAUAUAUAAAUAGUUCGAUACAAAAAAGCAUAUAUUUUCCAAAAGUGGAAUUGUAAAAACUUGCCUUAAGUUGAAAACAGCAUGAAAAUGGUGUUGUCGCAACGGCAGCGCGAGGAGCUUAACCAAGCGAUUGCCGAUUAUUUGGGCAGCAAUGGAUACUCAGAAUCUUUAGAAGCAUUCCGCAAGGAAGCUGAUCUCAGUGGCGAAACAGAAAAAAAGUUUGGCGGACUACUCGAAAAGAAAUGGACAUCAGUAAUACGUCUACAAAAGAAAGUAAUGGAACUUGAGGCUAAACUUUCGGAAGCAGAAAAAGAGGUUAUAGAAGGUGCUCCAUCAAAAGCUAAACGUAGCCCCGGCGAAUGGAUACCAAGGCCACCUGAAAAAUUUUCAUUGACCGGUCAUCGUGCCAGCAUAACACGAGUUAUAUUUCAUCCAAUAUUCAGCCUAAUGGUGUCAGCUUCUGAAGAUGCUGUCAUAAAAAUUUGGGAUUUUGAGACAGGCGAAUAUGAACGCAGCCUUAAAGGUCACACAAAUUCUGUGCAAGAUAUUGCAUUCGAUGCUCAAGGAAAAUUGUUAGCUUCAUGUAGUGCUGAUCUAUCCAUCAAACUAUGGGAUUUCCAACAGAGUUAUGAUUGCGUCAAAACAAUGCACGGCCAUGAUCAUAAUGUAUCGUCGGUUGCUUUUGUACCAGCUGGAGAUUAUGUUCUUUCGGCUUCACGUGACAAAACUAUUAAAAUGUGGGAAGUUGCAACAGGUUAUUGUGUUAAAACUUACACUGGACACAGGGAAUGGGUACGUAUGGUACGUGUGCACAUGGAUGGUAGCAUUUUUGCAUCAUGCUCAAUUGAUCACUCAGUUCGAGUUUGGUCGACAAAUUCAAAAGACUGCAAGGUUGAAUUGCGCGAUCAUGACCAUACAGUCGAAUGUAUUGCAUGGGCACCAGAGGCUUCUUCUUCAGCUAUAAAUGAGGCUGCUGGAGCUGAUAAUAAAAAGGGUCAUCAUCAAGGACCCUUCUUGGCAUCUGGAUCAAGAGAUAAAACCAUACGCGUCUGGGACGUUAGUGUUGGUAUGUGUUUAUUUGUGCUGUCCGGCCACGACAAUUGGGUGCGAGAAUUAGCAUUCCAUCCUGGUGGUAAAUAUUUAAUAUCAGCCAGUGAUGACAAAACAAUUCGAGUUUGGGAUCUACGUAACAAACGAUGCAUGAAGACACUUUAUGCUCAUCAACAUUUUUGCACUUCAGUUGAUUUCCACAAAACACAUCCAUAUGUAAUUUCUGGUAGCGUAGAUACAACGGUUAAGGUUUGGGAAUGUCGUUAAGCCAAUAGUUAUUAAUAUAGAAUGGGGCGAUACAUGUAGCGUUUGUUAGUUUGUACUCCCCAGGAGAAGAUAAAUACAUACAUAAUACUAUUUAAGAGCUACAAUUUACUUCAAUUACUGCAGAAUAUACACAGAACAUACACACAACAAACAUACAUAUACAUUAAAAUUAUACAUAUAUUUAUUGAUUAUAAUUUAAUUUGAAUACAAAAAAAAUAAAGAUGGAUCUCUCUCAGAUUCGUCGAUAUUAAUUAUUAGAUUACAUAUACUUAUAUAUAAAUUACAUUUAAAACUAAAAAAAAAUGGCAUCGUAUAUGUAUUGCUAAAAACAAAAACAAAGAAAUGCUAAAUUCUUAAUUUUUUUGUCAUUUGGCGUAAAAUCAUAUUCGAUAGAGUCGUAACACAUAUUCAUUUGUUGAUCGAAUCUAUAACGAUACUGGAGCGAAUAAGCAUUGACAAUAUUUGUUUGUCGCCAUUGGUUUAUCUAGUACGUUUGGGUCUGCAAAAUUGUAUGUUUUCUCCUAAAUUUGAAUAAUAAGUAUUGAGUAGAACUCGAAUCAUAUAUAUUAUGUACGUACGCCUUAUAAUUAAUUAAUUGUAAUCAUAAAUACAUUUGUUUAAGCUUUUUUUUUUUUUGCUUGCUGGAUUUUUAUUUUUCUAUAAUAAUUAUUAUUACACCUAAACUAUCAUUAUUAGAUUUAUGAUUUUAUAUAAAACUUAAAGAAAACCAUGUCUCUUAAAUUCAAGUUCAAGUAGAUGAUUUAAGUUAAUAUUAAUUCGUAGCAAAGUAGAUUAUUUUCCAUUAGGGCGAGUUAUAUAUAAUAACCCCAACUGCAAUUGAUAUUUCUACUAUUACUAUCAAUGAAUCAAUCGAUCUUUCAAAUUGUAUGUAUAAUGUAAUGCAUAAGUAGAACAACAGCAAUAGACAGAUCCUCUUUCUCUUUUGUAAUUAAACAGCCAGCUUCCUCUUUACUAGAUCGGCAAACGUUUUUAAUGCAUUCAAAAACAUACAUAUAAAUAUUAAAAAUAUUCAAACAAAUUUGUUUUCUUUUUAGAAAUUUACUGAGCCUAAUUUUAAUAUUUUUUCCUUUAAAAAGUUUGUAUUCAAUUUAUAUCCUGAACUGUAUUUUUUGUUAUUUUCUUUUGGUAUAAAAGGAAUAAAAGUAAAACUUAUUUUGUUAUUAUUUUAUCUUGAUCUGGUGUUUUGUGAAAAAUUAAACCCCGGCUUAAUCAUGCAAUGAAAAUAUAAAGAGGAUUAAGAGAAAACCCCAAA